CCCCGAACACCAGGACUCAGGACUCACCUAAGACAGACUCUGGCAGCCAGAAUCAGCUCUGCAGCCUGAAGAAGAGAGGAGAUGGCCCUCCAUAUAGCUUUUGUUCUUUUGGUGGCUGGCUUCUGCCCUGCUGUCCUCUCCAAACCAGAUGGCACAUUGGGAAAGGAAACCACAGUCCGGGAAGACCAAAACAAUGGGACACAAGUGGACAGUCUAACCCUGGCCACCAUCAACACCGACUUUGCCUUCAGCCUCUACAAGGAGCUGGUUUUGAAGAAUCCAGAUAAAAACAUCGUCUUCUCCCCAUUCAGCAUCUCAUUUGCCUUGGCCUUCCUGUCCCUUGGAGCAAGCAGCAACACCCUGGAAGAGAUUCUGGAAGGUCUCAAGUUCAAUCUCACAGAGACCCCUGAGGCAGACAUCCACAGGGGCUUCGGCCACCUCCUCCACAUGCUCAGCCGGCCAGGGGACCAGGUGCAGAUCAGCACAGGCAGUGCCAUGUUUGUUGAAAAGAACCUGCAGAUCCUGGCAGAGUUCAAGGAGAAAGCAAGGGUCGUGUACCAGGCUGAAGCCUCCUCAACUGAUUUCCAGCAGCCUCAUGAGGCCAAAAAGCUCAUCAAUGACUAUGUGAGCAAACACACCCAGGGGAAGAUCAAUGACCUAAUCUCAGACCUGGAUGAUCAGACGUUAAUGGUGCUGGUGAAUUACAUCUUCUUUAAAGGAAAUUGGGAGACACCCUUUUACCCUGAUUUGACAGUUGAGUCUAAAUUUCACUUGGACAACAAGAGGACUGUGAAGGUACUCAUGAUGCGGCAUAGGGACCUGAGUACACCCUACUUCCGUGAUAAUAAGCUGUCUUGCUCAGUGGUGGAGAUGAAGUACACAGGCAAUGCCAGUGCCCUGUUCAUCCUCCCUGAUGAGGGCAAGAUGCAGGAGGUGGAAGCCAGCUUACAGCCAGAGACCCUGAAGAUAUGGAAGGACUCCCUGAGAUUCAGAAUGAUCGAUGAGCUCUACCUGCCCAAGUUCUCCAUCUCCACUGACUACAGCCUGGAGGGCAUCCUUUCACAGCUGGGCAUCAGGGAAGUCUUCUCCGCACAGGCUGACCUGUCUGGGAUCACAGGGGACAAGGACCUGAGAGUCUCUAAGGUGGUCCACAAGGCUGUGCUGGAUGUGACUGAGGCAGGCACAGAGGCAGCUGGCGCCACAGGACUCAUGUUGGUGGGUACAGCUCUAAAUAUUCACCCUCUGGAGAUACAUUUCAACAGGCCAUUCCUGAUGAUUAUCUAUGAAACAAACACUCAGACUCCACUCUUUAUGGCCAAAGUCACAAAUCCCAAUGAAAAGUAGAGCUUCCCAAGAGUUGAGGCCUCUUCCCAGGAGGCUGUGUGGGGUCUCUGUGUGUAUUUUUGCUCCCAUGCUCUGACUGCCUGAGGCUUGCCUGGAUGGAACAAUGGGGGAAUAACUGUACAAUUUUCAUGUGCAUAAAGGGCUGUGAACAGUCAGUCAGGCUCCCAGGCCUCUUGGCGUGCUAACUCAUGUUCCUGAACCUUGAAACUGUCUUUGUGGCAAUCCCUGCUGCCACUCCAGUAUCUGCCUCUACCCAAAGGGUCAGUCCCUGUCUAGGUUCUGAAUAUGUCCGACUUCAGCUUCAGCAGCCUUCAUGGGAUUAUGCGAGCAUAUAGGCCAAACAUGUGGCCCUCAGCCUCAGGACUGAGAAGGGAACCUUCUGCCCUGAAUCUAUUUCCAGCAUCUGGUACCACUUAGUACCCAGUCCUGCCUCACACUUUUCCUGUUGCACCUACUGUCUCUUCAGGGGCUCCUCACACUUCCCACAUCUGACAGUAUUGGGAGAGCUCACUCCUAAAGCUACUUGAAGCCUGUUGGUCUGAACAGCUCCCUUUCCCCAUCUACACCUAUUUAGGGCAGAGGAACCUUUUCUAGGUUCCCAAAGACCACACUCACAUGACAUAAGGACACUUCUACCAUCCCUACCCAGAAUGCAGGGAUCGAAGUAAAUGAUCAAUAAA